AUGAAUGACGAAACUCCCGGUUGGUUCACUCUACACGAUGGUGUUUCGAAGGUUUGGGAAGGCGUGUGCGUUUUGAUCAUUGAUGAAGAGAUUCGACUUUAUAAAGUCAGAAAUGGAAUUAUAUUCAACAUUACUUUGGAGAAUUCCAACCUCAAAAAGGUCUCAUCCGACGGUUACUGGAGUUGUGUGGAAAUUCUAGGGACACUGGAACCAGGACAAUGUCUUCUCUUCUACCACGCUGAAACACCUGAUAAUGCUAGAAUCAUGCUGCAGAACAUAUUGAAUUCCACCAGCAAGCGACUGUCAUCAUUAUCAAUUCGGCUUGAUCCGGACCCACUACGAAGUCGAAACACAAAGGAAAUUACGAGGCGAAUCUGCUUGUGGUCCCAACUCGGAAUAUACUUCUUCAAGGAUUUUCGUGUGGUUCUUGAUGCAAACAUGCCCUUGUGA